AUGCGAAAGAGUGCCAAGACAAGAAAAGAGGUUGCCGUCCUAGACCACCGAAACAUUGACGCUAGUGAAUUAUUGUCAUGUAUACUGAGGGCCGUAGUAGUCAAUGAAGGCUGGGUGAACGUGUACAGGUCCAGUAAGACGAACAAGUUUGGCAUCGAUUUGUGUGGAAUUUGCAGCAUGGAAUCAAGAGGUCUAUUGGAGUAUUACGAAAUAGGUCUGGAGGUUCCAAUGGACGGAAAUGCAUAUUUUGUUUGUGGAUCACAACGUCUCCAGAUGUUCCAUAACAGGAAACAGUAGCACCACAUGUGGCCUUUGAGAUAUCAACUCUCCAGUUUCAAAUUCUCAGGAAGCACAAAUCUGUUAUACCUGCUCCAUCUGACUACGUCUCUCAAACUUUUGUUUCCGCUAUUUUGAAUCCUAUUGUUUCUAGUGUUUGGUUAUUACUUACUUUGACUCAUAGUGCUGAUUACUGUUCCAUUUGUAUGAGGCAACUAGUGUGCACAACUACUGAUUCUUCUUUAUCAUUCAUCAGAGUCAUUACAUCAAUGCGUACUACACGAUUUGUAAUAUACUUACUUCCAAUGUGAAAUAAACCUUCUGAGCAUAUG